AUGUUGGUUCCAUCUGGCAGAGUCGCCGCCAGCGCUUCCGCCGAUAGCAAUGGUGGCAGCGCUAGUAGCAUCGAUACCCUCGAGCCAGAAGCGCCUCGAAGGGCUGGUCUCGUCACCGCCGGUGAGCGCCACGUCUUCAAGGCACCCACGUCGUCGAAGGCUUCGCUGUUGGGGCUUGACAGGCUUGCCGAGGCCAAGCGGCGUGACGACGCUGCUGCUGCCGCAUCAAGAUCCGGAAAUGGCGGCGAUAGUGUACCCUCCCGCAAGCGGGCGAAGCUCAGCUUCGACGACGACGAAAGCGGCACGGUGUCCGAACGCCGCCCGGCAGCCGAAGAGCCUCGCUUCAAGGUGCCUAGCCGCCCUGCCUCGGCGCUCCAGGCUCAGACUCGGCAGAAGGGCAACGAGACUCCCAGUCACAGCGGAGGACUUAGUGACACGGCGCGACAGCGGCUCGACGAAAGGCGGAGGGCGCGGGCGGCGGCUGCCAACACGCAGUCCGGUGCUCGUCCAGAGCAAUCAGAUGGCCGGGACAUGUCCGAGUACCGCCAGCGUCUCAACCGCGAUGUCCGCCAGCCUCUGCCGCAGCAGCCACGUCGGGAUCAGGGGUACCCGAAUGGAGGCCGCAACGGCGACGACCGAGCCGCUCCGGGUCGAUCUCGAGAGCGGGAGCGGGAGCGGGACUCUGGCUGGGCCACGCCGUCAUCGGGGCGUGGCGGCGGACGAGAUCCGUGGGAAGCGACCCCACGCAGUGAGGCCAGACUGCCCGAAAGAAGCUGGGACUCGACGCCACGACCCGGCGACCGCCGAACGGAUCGCUCCGGCUGGACACCGCGCCCUCCCAGAUCGGAUGAGUCGACCCGCACUCCUAGUACUGCACGCCGUACCUGGGACUCGACGCCUCGGGACUACGGACGCGGCCGAGGCUCUGGACCUCGAGGCGACGAUGGAGGGCCGGAAGAUGACGACGACCGCGCGACGCUGGCGGGUCGCGUCUGGGAGGACAGCGACGAAGGAGGGCGCGAGCUGGAUCGGGACUGGUACAACAUGGAGGAAGGCGGCAUCGCGGGCGACGAAGACAGCAACCCCUUUGCCCAAUACGAGGAUAUGGCAGGCCAGGUGGCCGCCCCGCUCGCGGCCAAGGUGCAGCGCACCAGCGCUCGCCAGGCGCAGUACAAUGCCGACACCGACGCCUGGGAAAACAACCGGCUGCAGACCAGCGGCGUGGGUCCGCGGAUGGCCGUGGACCUCGAUCACGUCGACGACGAGGGCGAGAACCGCGUCCACCUGCUCGUCCACGACCUCAAGCCGCCCUUCUUGGACGGCAAGACGGUCUUCACCAAGCAGCUCGAGCCGGUCAACCCGGUCAAGGAUGCCACGUCGGACAUGGCCCAGUUUGCGCGCAAGGGCAGCCUGCUGGUCCGGGAGACGAGGGAGAAGGCGGAGCGCGCCAAGGCCGCCAGCAAGGUGGCGGCACUGGGCGGCACGACUCUGGGCAACAUCAUGGGCAUCAAGGACGAGGAGGCGGCCGCCGAUGCACAGGCGCAGGGCGGCGCAGGCGGACCGAACAAUACGGCGCAGGCAUCUGGGGCCAAAGGCAAAGGCCAUGGCGACGGCGACGGCGAUGACGGACGGGGCGACUCCAAGUUUGCCAGCCACCUCAAGACCAGCAAGGGCGGCUCCGAGUUCAGCCGCGGCAAGACGCUCAAGGAGCAGCGCCAGUUCCUGCCGGCGUUUGCUUGCCGCGAGGAUCUGAUGAAGAUGAUCCGCGAGAACCAGGUGGUAAUUGUCGUAGGCGAGACGGGAAGCGGCAAGACGACACAGGUGGCCCAGUUCCUCCACGAGGAGGGCUACACCAAGUACGGCACGAUUGGCUGCACGCAGCCCCGCCGCGUCGCCGCCAUGAGCGUGGCUAAGCGCGUGUCCGAGGAGAUGGAGGUGCCGCUGGGCGAGCUCGUGGGCUACUCGAUCCGCUUCGAGGACUGCACCAGCGACAAGACGCGCAUCAAGUACAUGACCGACGGCGUGCUGCUGCGCGAGAGCCUCAACGAGGGCGACCUGGACCGGUACAGCGCCAUCAUCCUCGACGAGGCGCACGAGCGCUCGCUCAGCACCGACGUGCUCAUGGGCCUGCUGAAAAAGAUCCUCACCCGCCGCAGGGACCUCAAGCUCAUCGUCACCUCGGCCACGAUGAAUGCCGACAAGUUUGCGAGCUUCUACGGCGGCGCGCCCAACUUCACCAUCCCCGGACGCACCUUCCCCGUCGACGUCAUGUUUAGCAAGACGCCAUGCGACGACUACGUCGAGGGGGCGGUCAAGCAGGCGCUGUCGAUCCACCUCUCGCACCCGGCGGGCGACAUCCUCAUCUUCAUGACGGGCCAAGAGGACAUCGAGGUGACGUGCGAGGUGAUCCAGGAGCGGCUGUCGCAGCUCGACGAGGCGCCGCCGCUGCUGGUGCUGCCCAUCUACUCGCAGAUGCCCGCCGACCUGCAGGCCAAGAUCUUUGACCCGUCCGACAAUGGCGAGCGCAAGUGCAUCGUGGCGACCAACAUCGCCGAGACGUCGCUCACCGUCGACGGCAUCAUGUACGUCGUCGACGCCGGCUUCAGCAAGCUCAAGGUGUACAACCCCAAGGUCGGCAUGGACUCGCUCCAGAUCACGCCCAUCAGCCAGGCCAAUGCCAACCAGCGCUCGGGGCGCGCCGGACGCACGGGCAGCGGCACCGCCUACCGGCUCUAUACCGAGAUGGCGUACCGCAACGAGCUGUUUGCCAACACGAUCCCCGAGAUCCAGCGGACCAACCUGGCCAACACGGUGCUGCUGCUCAAGUCGCUGGGCGUCAAGGACCUGCUCGAGUUCGACUUUAUGGACCCGCCGCCGCAGGACAACAUCCUCAACAGCAUGUACCAGCUGUGGGUGCUGGGCGCGCUCAACAACGUCGGCGACCUGACGCCGCUGGGCAAAAAGAUGAGCGAGUUCCCCAUGGAGCCGAGCCUGUCCAAGAUCCUGAUUGCCAGCGUCGAGUACGGCUGCUCGACCGAGGUGCUGACGAUUGUCAGCAUGCUGAGCGUGCCGUCGGUCUUUUACCGGCCAAAGGAGCGCCAGGAGGAGAGCGACGCGGCGCGCGAAAAGUUUUUUGUGGCCGAGAGCGACCACCUGACGCUGCUGCACGUCUACAACCAGUGGCGCUCCAACGGCUACCGCGACUCGUGGUGCGCGCGCCACUUUCUCCACGGCAAGAUCCUGCGCAAGGCGCGCGAGGUGCGCACGCAGCUCGAGGACAUUAUGAAGUCGCAGCGGCUGGCGCUGGUGAGCUGCCAGACGGACUGGGACGUGGUGCGCAAGUGCAUCUGCUCGGGCUACUUUCACCAGGCGGCGCGGUCGGCGGGCAUCGGCGAGUACGCCAACUGCCGGACGGGCAUGAAGAUGCACCUGCACCCGACGUCGGCGCUGUACGGGCUCGGCUUCACGCCCGAGUACGUCGUGUACCACCAGGUGCUGCUGACGUCCAAGGAGAUGAUGAACACGGUGACGCAGGUCGACCCGCACUGGCUGGCCGAGCUGGGCGGCGCCUUCUACUCGAUCAAGGAGCGCGACUCGACGUCGCUGGCCACGCGCCGCGGUCGCGACACGGAGCUCAACCGGCAGACGGAGAUGGAGACGCAGUUCAAGCUGGACCGNAUGCGCAGGGNGGCCCGGACGACGACGCGCGACGGUCCACGUCGACGCCAGUCCGCCGUCGGUCGCCCCGAGACGUCCACCGUCGACGCCAUCGCCUCGGUGCCCCAGAUCGCCCAGCCGGGCGCCGCCACACCGCGCCGCGGCCGGCGUGUCGGCCUAUGA